GCCCCGGCCGGCCAUGGCGUACUCGACGUUCCGCAGGGUGGCCCUGGCCUCCUGCGUGGUCUUGUGCGUGUCGCUGCUCCUGCCCAAGGUUUUCCUUCCGCGGGGCUGGAGGCAGCAGGAGCCCAGUGGCGGCGCGCCGCCCACACCGGCUGGCGGGCCCGAGGGGAAGGCUGGUUGGUUUCCUCCAACAAUGCGUCCUCAGGUCUUUCCAGAAGUCAAACUGCCUGCUACCCAUUUUCCAAGAUCUCAUCUUGCAGAAGCCGUUGCCAAGGCCAAGGGUGGUGGUGGAGGAGGAGGAGCAGGAGGAGGAGGAGGCAGCGGCAGCGGAAGAGGUCUUGUGGGACAAGUCAUCCCAAUAUAUGGAUUUGGGAUCCUUUUAUAUAUAUUGUACAUUCUUUUUAAGCUUUCUUCUAAAGGGAAAACCAUGGCAGCCGAACGGACGUGUCCUUCGGUAUCUGGGAAUACAAACAGGAAGAUCACUGACUAUGAGCUUGCCCAGCUUCAAGACAAGCUGAAAGAGACGGAAGAGGCCAUGGAAAAAUUAAUCAGUAGAGUGGGACCCAACUGUGAGAGCAGAGCCCAAAAUUCCACAACUAACCAAGAGAAAAGGCUGCUUCAGCAAUUGCGAGAAAUUACUAAGGUCAUGAAAGAAGGCAAGCUCAUAGAUGGAAUCUCCCCAGAGAAAGAAGCUGAAGAGGCUCCUUAUAUGCAGGACUGGGAAGGUUAUCCAGAAGAGACCUAUCCUGACUAUGAUCAUUCUGAUUGCUUCAAGCGCAGACAGGACACAAUUCUUGUGGAUUACCCUGACCCAAGCCAGCCUUCUGCUGAAGAGAUAGCAGAGCGAAUGGAGUUUGUGGACGAUGAGGACUGUUUGUGUAGUGAAACCCUUUUGUCUGCUCUUGCCAUAGUGAAUGACGGCCUUGCAGCAGGACAGGAGAAGGACCAGUGUGUUCCAUUCAGCAACCAGUGUGAGACUGACCACCACUUGGAGAAGUGCUACUGUUGUUACUACGAGGACGACGACCCUGCUGUGAUAGCGGAGAAUGCAGGGUUCUGCUCCGAUAGCUGCAGUGAGACAGAAGAGGCAGCAGCAGGGGAGCAGCUGGUGGAUUCUGACCUUGCGAAUGCAGAACCCAGAGAACAAAACGAUGGAAAUCCUGAUGGAAUUGGCAUUCUGAGAAAGCGAAACACAAAGGGACUCGAGUUGCUGGAACACUGAGCAUUGUGUGUCGCCAUGUCACUUCUAUAGGCUGUGAGCUCGGCUUUUAGGGCAAGCGCUUAUCUUCUCCAUUGUGUACUCAGCUGAAAUCCCAUAGCAGUAGGCAGGUGGAGGCAGCCCAUUCAGGUACUAUUAAGGGCAGCUAAUUAUCCAUUAUUAUAUUUGAAUGCUGUAGGAGGUACAGUGUAGUUUUUGUUUGCCUUUGCUUGGACUGGCCUUUGCUAGCAGACACAAGCCUUUCCAUGUUUCUUACUAAGUGAAGUUUUAGAAAGUGAUGGGGGUGUCCUGGUACCAGCCCUCUCAUGUAAAGUCUUCUUUUUCUUGGCUGAUCAGCAAAGUACUAUUGUACAAAUCAGCGGAGUGACCCUCCCAUGUUCUCUUCCUGCACAGUGAACGGAGAGCAGGGAUCUUUUCCCCAUAUCACCAGUGCAUGAUUAAGGGGAAUGAACAGUCUGUCUCGCCUCAUCUAUGGCUCAGCAUUUGCAUCUCUUCCUUUAAAACAUGGCUUGUGCCCACACCAUACUUAACUUCUAAGAGUAAUGUUUUUAGUCUAAUGGAUGAGGGAGGAGAAACAAAGCAGUUGACGGGCCAGUGUGUGCUGUGGUGAAGCCAAACGCAUCUGGUGGUGUGGUGCUUAGCGCGUUAGGCUGGGGAGAUCUGGGUUCAAGUCCCCGCUUGGUCAUGAAGUUCACUGGGAGACCUUGGGCCAGUCAGUCAUUCUCAGCCCAAACCACCUCACAGGGGUGUUGUGAGGAUAAAAGGGAGCUAGGCAAGAUGCCUGAAAUUCUUCACAAAAGAAGUUAGGGGAGAAAUGCAGUGUAAUGUCAUCUGCAAAAUUUUAGUAGCAAACAAGGGGGUGCCCAUGGAUUAAACAGUAGCAGAGAAGCUCUCUCCUCCUCUGAGGCCCCAGAUUACAUGUGCCACAGUCACUUGUGACUUUAUUCCACUUUUUUGAACAGUAAAAUGCAGGUGCAGAGGCUACUAGCUAGAAUGGAAGACCAGUGUGGGGAGAGAGGAGUUUCUUAUUCAGUCCCCUAUGCAUUUUUCCACUAAAAUGGUUUUUGUUUUUCUAGUUUAACAUUGUAAUUAUUUAUAAAUUAUGAUAAAUUAUUUAUAUUUAGUUAUAUUUUAUAUGUUAUAUUUAUUUCUUAUAUCGCUUCAAGGAUUACUUUUCCCACCUGAGAGCUUGGCUUUAGACAGAAGACAAGAAGAAAAAUCAGUUUUUUCCUAUGCCAAGUUUUUUGCAGUGCAGUCCUAUGGCGCAUGCUUGCUCAGGUGUAAGCUCCACUGUGGUGUUUGCUCUCAGGAAAGAAUAGAUAGAUUCAGGCAGGCAACUAACCAUGUCUAUUCAGGAGGUCCUAUUACAUUCAGUGAGACAUAUGCCCAGAUAAAUGUGCAUAGCAUUGUUCUAUGUGGGAGUAAGCCCAGCAUAGUUGCAGUUCACAUGGUCAAACAGCCCACAGUUAAUAAAUCGUGAGGUCUCUGUGCGCAUGAAUAAGGAAUCGUAGCUCCCACCUGCUCACUAAUUUCUGUUCUCUGAAACACUCAAGGACCACCCUCUCCCUGGGUUGUUGCUGUACCAUGUGAACCCAGAACACUUGGGAAUGUUUGGGGUUAAACAACUCAUAGUCGUUACAUGUCAACCAGGUCUUCUUUCAUACUGAUAUAUCAUACAGAUGUGUCAGACAGAUUAUCUAGCUGUGAAUAUCUUCAGAAACAGUGUUUGAACUAAUUCCACAGAAGUGUUCUGACUAAUGCAUAGUGUUGCAUUUCAGCAGUUAAAUUGUAAUAGAAAAGUGGGAAGGAUGAAAUGGAGUGCAAGUUGCUUAAAAAUUGUGUCUUCUCUCACACAUAAGGAUAGCAUAGAAAAGAAGAUACCUCUCUCUGUGUGUAACAUUUAUAGCGUCUACUGUCAGUAAGUUUGCCAGGUAACCCCCCUCCACCAAACUUUUACUAAGCAGGGGUUGGAAUAUACAAAGUUUGACCAGCAGAUUUUUUGUUUUAGAAGCUCCCGUUCCAGGAAUAAGGGACUUAGAUAAUUCCGAUCGACACACGCCUUCAACAAAGCCUAUUUUUUUUAAAUUGUUCAUCUUUUCAACACCAUUUUGUGGCUUAUGGAAACCUACUUUGAAAUUAGUUUGUAAUAUUGAGUAAUGGAAUAUUGUAGCAGAAAUAUUUAAGUAUUUUUAAUUCAUAUUUAUUUUAACUUAUUUAUUUAUUUGAAUAAAGUGUGGGGCAACAUUUCAGUACAACUUUUCUUUGUGUCAAUGUAAGUUUUUGGGAAAUAGUAGAAAAUAAUGAUAGACUGUUACAAGUUUCUGUUUUUGAGGCUGAAGUGGAUUAUGGUUUCCACUUCUUAUGCUUUUAACAGCUACAUGGUAGGCAGAAAUUUUACAGGAAUGCAACUGCAGCAAUUCAACUGAGGAAGAUGUUCAUGUUCACCAACUAGACAGGAAUCCUAUCAGGAAAAAUAGGUGGCAGGAUUAAGACGGAAGUGGUUAUUGUUAGCUAAGUGAGUAACUUAGGCAUGUAUAGUAAAUGAGUAAGAAUAGUUGCAAAAGAAGCAUGUAGGAUAAUUGGGGGGAAAUACACAACCGCUUGAAACAAAUUCAAGUUUUAAUUUUUUUUCUCACAGAUUUUCUGUAUUGACAUAUACUGUAAUCUACAACAUACACAACGUAAUUAUGUGAAAAUACCAAAUUAGUUAUACACAUACUGAUAAAUAAAUACAUUUGCUUCAGAA